AUGGCAGCUGGAUUUACUCCGCCAGGGAGUAUCCUUGAGCCUCCUCUCACACCGCCAUCUACAGUAGAGAAUGUUGUAAAUUGUUUGCGACUCCAUCGUGCAGGUCACCGGCUAAGGAGUUGGUGGGAGCAUCGACUUAGACCGAACGUCUACGCACAGCUCUUGCAUGCGCUAGAUGCUGAUGAACCCCUUCGAAACUACGUGGAAGAUAAAAUGGGAGUGUCAAUGCGGUGGUUGCCUUUGACAUCGAUUAUAAAGAGACUAAGAGAGCGAACCAUCACCGUAUGGCGACCGGAGUACAAAAUGGUAGAUGGCGUGGAAGAGUUCCAGGCGACCGCCGUGGUAGAAGCAAAGCCGUUUCGGACAGAUGCUGGAUGUGCCGUUGAGAGAACAGAAUUACGACUAUCACUUAGAGACUUCGCGACGGAUGAGCUCUCACAAGGCCAGAGAGACCUCGAUCGAGAAAUAUUCCUAACUUCAAAGAGCAGCUUUGUGAGUUUCUGGCAAGUGCCAAAGCUAGGCAGCAGAUACAGUGCAACAUCUAGGCUCAAUCAACCGUAUUCGACGAGGCGCAUUAAAGCGUCGAUGACCUCAAAACGCCGCCCGAACAACUGA